UUUUUGUCUUUUUUUUUCUUUAAUAAAAUUCCUUUUUAGUUUUAUAGAGUUAGUAAUUUUCUAGAAUUAGCAUAUAUUUUAGUUUUAGGAGUAAAUUUAAAGUUUUAUAAAAAUUGUUGAUAAAAUCGUGCUUUUAAAUAUUUAAUUGUGUCUAGAAAUAAAAUGUAUCCUUUUCUUUAAAAAAACAAGAAUAAAAAUAUGGAGCUAGUUUGUGUUUUUCCUAGACAGGUCUCUUGCUUUGUGAUUUUAGACGUUAACCCUGUUUCAAUCUUUGAAUUUUGCAGAAAUACCCCUCGUCAAAGGAGCUGUCCUUGCAAAUCAGGGCUUUGAUCCAUCACAUUUUGCCUUUCUUUAUUACAAUGGUGCAGGAGUUUUAACAAGAAACAAAAAAUAUACAUAGCUUGCUCAUAAGAUUCUUCAUACAUUUUACUUCCAAUUCAGCCGAUUUUCAUUCUCAGGUUGACCAUUACAACUCUCACGUAUAUUUCAUCCUUAACUUGUCACCAAUUAAACUGAAGGGAUGGUGCAUCCAUUCACGUCCUAAUGGAAUUUGAUGAGACGAUAAUGAGUCAUAUCAUACUCAAGUGUCAGAGAAAAAAAAGUAACGAAGUUUUAUUUCGAAUUCGUGUAGAAUUUUUUCAGCUGAAUGAAUUCCGUGCAAAAGUUCCAGAAAGUAAAAUAAAGGAGAAAAUUGGCGGAAUACUGCUCUGCUGGAACUGCAAAUUGAGAUAAAUCAUAAAUCGAUUCUACAUAUGAAAAGAGUAAUUAGACCGGUACUCAAUGUCAACCUCAGGAGGUUAAGAGGUUACAUCAUUGUUGGUACCAUUCUCCAUGUGAAAACUUCAUUGAUCCUCCCUUAUCCUCCUCACCAGGCAGCACACACAUGUGAAUAUCUGUUAUUGUACACUUCAAGCUCUACCCAGCUACAUCCAGCGACUUUCUUCACUCCAGUACUCUUCACAACCUUAUUAGCAUCAUCCCAUCACUCAGAACUGGCAUACAUGUUAGAUAGCAAAGGAAGAGUAUCAACACCAGCACUUUUCCCCUUGAGAUGUCCCGUUAUCCAUUCAGACAUCUUUUCAUUACCCUGAAUUUUACAUGUCUGAAGAAGAGCCCCAGACACGCCAUUCAGCUUCAAUAGGUAUGCUUGUAAGGAAAGCCUCAGCUUCCACAAACACACUACCACGGUCAAACAUAUCCACCACGCAACCAGAAUGCCUCAUCCGUGGCACAAUGCCAUAAAAGUUCCUUAUUGUUUUGAAAAACAUAACCCUUUAUUCACCAACCCGCAUGGCUGCAUGCAGAUAGCACCCAAACAAAAGUAACAUCAUCAGGCUCAACCCCUUCAAUCAACAUGCAUGAAAAUAGCUCCAAUGUUCUUUUCCCAUAACUGUUCAUGGCAAGGCUACAGAUUACAAUGCCCCAGGAGAUAACAUCCUUGUUCAUAAUCAUGUCAAAAUUCUAAACCCCACUUGCAAUGUCUCCACGCUUCACAUACAUGUUUAGCAAAGCAUUCCUGAUAGUUCCAUCUACCACAAGGUCGUGUCGUCAGUCAAUAUAUGAAUGCACUCACCGCCCCAAACCCAAUGCCGCAACAGGAGCACACGCCAUUGUUGCCUCCUUAGGCUCUGUUUCUGCACUAUUCGUUUUAACACAUCAAAAGCCUCGUCGCAGCGUAACCCAUCAACAAAGUGGUCCAAGAAAUCAUGUCCCUCAUAGACAUUUUAUCAAACAGGCUCUUGGCAUAUUUCAAAGACCCAUUCUUUGCAUACAGGUCCGACACCGUGUUGUCAAAAACAACAUUGGCGCUGGCAAUCAACCUCACGCCGUAAGCGUCAACGGACUUGCCGAGUCUCAGAGCCCUGAGAGAUGAACAAGCGCACAACGCGCCCACGAGGGUGACUGCAUUGGGUUUGUCAAUUUUGGGCAUCGAGUUAAUUUUGGAAAAAUAGUGAAGAGCUUAGGCCUCGAAGCCCGAUUGCGCGACGCCCGAUUAGUGAGCUCCGUGAAACGACAUCGGGUGAGGAAAUUUAUCAGAAGAGGUUUGAGGCGGAGACAACACCUUAGUUGGCGAGGUAGAAGAGGGAGGAGGAGAGAAUUCUGGAUGAAGAUGUCGAGGGAGUGACCCGAAUUGAGGAGACACGCGUGGAUUUCGAGUGCUUUGGAGCGAGAGUGGUGGGAGGAGCAGGCCUUGAGGGCGUUGGUGAAGGCGUAGUGGUUCUGGGAGAAACCGUGUAAGGCAUUUGGUUGUGGAGGUGAAAGAAUGCAUUUUUAGAAUUCGUGAGGAGUGAUAUUAAAGGGUUCAACAAUUGGGGUUUAGGGUUUGUGACGAGUUGUUGUUGAGCGCGAAUUGCUAUUUGAUUCAGAUUCUGAGCCGGCAUAGGUUGUGAACACGGGUUGACCCGGUUACUGUUGCAAUAUUAUCCAAUUCGGCUACGGGCAUAUAUUAUUUAAUAUAUAACAUAACCUAGGUAACUAGUGAAUGUGCUGUAUGGUUGGAGAGGUGAUCGCUGGAUCGUUCAAGUUAAAAGGUGCAUGGUUUUCUUUUCAUAUUAGGAUUGUGAAAUUCUGAGUCCAUGGACUUGUUUUGCGUAAUCUGUGGCAGGGCAAGUGAACGAUAGAGUAUGGGGAGAGCUUCAAGGGAUAAGAGGGAUAUCUAUUAUCGGAAAGCAAAAGAGGAAGGUUGGCGUGCUCGAAGUGCCUUUAAACUCCUUCAGAUAGAUGAGGAAUUCAACAUUUUUGAAGGAGUAAAGCGUGUUGUAGAUUUGUGUGCUGCCCCGGGUAGCUGGAGUCAGGUUUUGAGUCGUAAAUUGUAUCUCCCAGCCAAGCUUGCGCCUGAUUCAAACGGUGAAAAUCUUCCUCUUAUUGUUGCUAUUGAUUUGCAACCAAUGGCUCCAAUUGAAGGCGUCAUUCAGGUGCAGGGAGAUAUAACUAAUGCUCGAACAGCUGAAGUGGUCAUUAGACAUUUCGAUGGCUGCAAGGCUGACCUGGUUGUCUGUGAUGGUGCUCCUGAUGUUACUGGGCUUCAUGACAUGGAUGAGUUCGUACAAUCCCAACUCAUACUUGCAGGGUUGACAAUUGUUACUCAUGUACUUAAGGAAGGAGGAAAGUUUAUUGCAAAGAUAUUUAGAGGAAAGGACACGAGCCUUCUGUAUUGUCAGCUAAAGUUAUUCUUUCCUGUAGUGACAUUUGCAAAACCAAAAAGCAGCCGCAAUUCUAGCAUUGAGGCAUUUGCAGUCUGUGAAAACUAUUCCCCUCCUGAAGGAUUCAAUCCAAAAGAUCUGCAUCGCCUUCUUGAGAAGGUUGGAAGUCCCUCGGGGGUAGAUGAUACGGAUUGUUGUAGUGGAUGGUUGGAAGGCCCUAAUAAGGUGUAUAUCCCAUUUCUAGCUUGUGGCGACCUCAGAGGUUAUGAUUCUGAUCGCUCAUAUCCAUUACCUAAAGUUGAUGGGGGGACAUAUCAGAGCUUGGAUCCUGUACAACCCCCAAUUGCUCCACCUUACAAGAGAGCUCUGGAGCUAAAAAAGGCCUCCAAUCAAGGAAUUCGAGAACCUGAAAACCUCUCGUUGGAUUCUUGAUCGUGCUACACUGAUUAUUCAUAAUGUCAUUUGGAACUGUGUUUUUCGAUUAUAAAUUAUUAACGUACGUGUGAACUUUAGCCCUUUUUUUCUCUUGUACCAUCAUUGCAUGCCUGACUAGUCUUUUGUUGUAACAAUUUUGAAAUGAAUACAGAUAAUUCUAAGUAAAAA